GGGACAGGCUGCUUCUCUGAAAUCCUUUUCCUCACACCUGUUCCUCCCACUAGGUCACAGCAGCAGAACCCGGAGCCACCAUGUGCUUCUCCAAACAUGAGUGUGUGGACGACUUCUGUGAUGACCUCCAAAGUCAACCCCAAGCAGAAACACAGGUGGGUCAGUGCCCCCCAGGGUUGGAUCAGCCAGGUUAUCUGGGUUGCUGUCUCCCUUUGGACCCAUCUGGAUGCAUGGGAGGCCACAGUGAGGACCACAGACCUCAGCGGCAGGGGCAGGUGUGCAGCCUCCACACUUCCUCUCCCCAGGACCAACUCAGUGAGAACCUGCUUGAAGCUGUGGAUGCCGAAGUUCACAACAAUGUACCGGAGUUCACCCCCGUGCUUGGUGAAGUGCAGCAGGAAUUCCGUUGUAGAAUCCGGAAGCCCUCUGGUACUGACAAUCCAGGAGACCCGGAGAGGCCCUCUGGCUCUGACAAUUCAGGGGACCAGAAGCCGGGAAAGAGCUUUCCGGACAUAGCGCUGAGGCAGUUCUGAGAAUGACUGCAGAAGCUGAAGCGGAAGUUUUUUGUUGCGCUUGCCUGCCUGCGGCAGAAGGGGGCUGCCGGCCUACAGGCCUUGCGCAGUGCGGUUGAGGCCAUCUGGGGAGAGUUGAAGCGUUUCUUCUCCUCUGUGGGGCAGGUCUUCAAGAGCCUCAUCUAGGUCUAGGGAGCCCCACAGGGUCCGGGAGGAGAUUGGCCUCAUGUAGAAGCCAAUUUGAUUUUCCCCUUCUCAGUAAGAAUCUUCUGAAGCGACCUUUGCCCUCCUGCUCACCCUUGACCCAUCCUUGCAACCUCCCUCACCUCCUGUCCUUCAGGGAGGACACCACCAUCAAGCUCUCCCCACCUGGGUUUCUUUCUCCAGGUCUGACCUGCCUGUCGCUGUAGUGCUGAAAUCCUAAUACAAGUUGA